UUCUACGUACUUUUUCGGUUUGUUUCCGUUUCCCUCAACCUAAACUCCAGAAUUGUUUCGAAAACGAGCACAAGACUUUCGGAGCAACUCAUUGCUCGAUGAACCAACCCUAACCCUUGCAGUUCUCUGCCUGGAACUCGCUGCGUCAUCCCACUUUAGCUUGGAGCUCUAGCUUUCAUAGCUUCCUCCUUCCCACAACCGACCAACCUAGGUGAGCGCCAUCGAGACUUCGACGACCAUGGCAGAAGCGGAAUAUUGGACGUUUCCGACAAACCCGGAAGAAUUCGAUCAGGAUGAGCGGAUUUCCUACUCCAAGCUCGACAACAAGUAUAUCGCGGUGCAGGACGACGGCACCGAGUACGAGUUCGACGAAGGGUUGAGGCGCUGGAUCCCCAUCGUCGACGAAGCCCUGAUCGAGGAACAACAGAAAGGGUACAUAAUGCCCAAUUCUGCCGCUCAAGACGACCGCCAGGAAUUGGCACAGGGGAAAAAGAGGAAGCUGGACUCGAACGAUCGCGAGGACAGCAACUACAGCAACAAUAAUAACAAGGCCCGCCCUUUCAAGGCGGCAAGGAGGCAAGGGAACCGCGGGCCGCCGCAGCCCAAGCAGAACACGGCCGUCUACGUGACGGGCCUCCCGCUCGAUGCCACCGUCGAGGAAGUGGCCGAGCUCUUCUCGCGCAAGUGCGGCGUCAUCGCCGAGGAGAUCGACAGCGGCCGGCCGCGCAUCAAGAUGUACACGGACGAGAACGGCAACUUCAAGGGCGACGCCCUCAUCGUCUUCUUCAAGCCCCAGUCGGUCGACAUGGCCAUCAUGCUGCUGGACGAUACCGACUUCCGCUUCCCCGUCCCGGGCGCCCCGUCCAACGGGCCCAAGAUGCGCGUCCAGGCCGCCGACUCGAGCUACAAGAAGACCAAGUACGACGGCGAGAACGCCGCCGGAUCAGGAGAACCCGGCACCGGCGCGGGUCCUUCAGAUCAAAACAGCAACAACAACAGCAGCAGCAGCAGCAGCAACAAUAAUAAUAAUAACAAUGCCAACAACAAUAGUAGCAGCAACCAGCAGCGCAGCAGCCAGGACAAGGCCAAGAUCAUCAAGAAGACGCAGAAGCUCUCGGCCAAGCUGGCCGACUGGAGCGACGACGACGACCCGUCGGCGCUGCGGGAGGCCGUCAACCCAAAGUACCAGCGCGUCGUCAUCCUCCGCAACAUGUUCACCCUCGACGAGCUGCGCGAGGACCCCGCCGCCCUCCUGGACAUCAAGGAGGACAUACGCGAGGAGUGCGCCAAGCUCGGCCCCGUCACCAACGUGGUCCUCUACGACGAGGAGGAAGACGGGAUCGUGAGCGUCAAGUUCCGCACCCGCGAGGCGGCCGAGGCCUGCCUGCGCCUCAUGCACGGCCGCGCCUUCGCCGGCCGCAUCGUCGAGGCCUACCUCGCCACGGGGCGGGAGAGGUUCCGGAAAUCAAAGGGGGAUAAAGGCGGGGGGAAAGGAAGUGGCGGCGACGCGAGCGACGAGGAAUGAUUAACCGGUAGGAACCUGAUUGUGCGGCGCCCAAGUCUGACUUGGCAUGGGUGCUCUGCGGUAUAGUGUACGAACUUUCCCUUUUCAUCUCGCUUGAACUUCCAGAGGUUUUGAUAUCUAAGGCCGGAAAAGGUAGCAGCACGAAAACUAUUGGCUCUCGCGUCCAGGUAUGUAUAAUAGAUA